AGCGUAGAUAAAUGUUUUUUUUUUUUUAGUUUUAUAGAAACCAUUAAUAUUUCUGUUGCAGGUAAUUUAUAUUCAAGCCUUUAUUUUAGUAAUGCUUACUGGAAAAUUGAUGGGAAAAGUUUUCUUUGGAGAGCUCCGAGCUGCUGAGUUAGAGCAUUUGAUGGAGAGAGCGUGGUAUGCGAUGACUGAAACAUGUCUCGCUUUCACGGUGUUCAGAGAUGAUUUUAGUCCGAAGUUUGUAGCACUCUUCACUGUAUUACUCUUCCUGAAAUCGUUCCAUUGGUUAGCUGAGGACAGAGUUGACUAUAUGGAACGAAGUCCGAAUAUAUCGUGGUUAUUCCAUCUCAGAGUUGUGUCUCUGCUAGCUAUGUUGGGAUGUCUGGACUUGCACCUAGUUGGCCACGCCUACCUGUCAACUGUCACCAAGGGCGCCUCCGUCCAAUUGGUGUUCGGAUUCGAGUACGCCAUCUUGUUGACCAUCAUAAUAAACAUUGCUAUCAAAUAUGUUCUCCACACCAUUGAUCUCAAUAGUGAAACUCCAUGGGAAAAUAAGGCUGUCUUUCUCCUAUAUACCGAACUGAUUAUGGGAUUUUUCAAGGUUGUUUUAUACAUAAUGUUUUUGGCCAUUAUGUUUAGAAUCUCAAUGCUUCCACUGUUUGCUUUCCGGCCAAUGUACUACACUAUGAGAGCAUUCAAGAAGGCAUUCAACGAUGUUAUUCUUUCGAGAAGAGCUAUACGAAAUAUGAAUACUUUGUAUCCUGAUGCGACACCCGAAGAACUUGCAGCUGCUGAUAACGUGUGCAUUAUCUGCAGAGAAGAAAUGCUAACUGCGUCGAAAAAACUGCCGUGUAACCACAUAUUCCACACUUCGUGCCUGCGCUCGUGGUUCCAGCGCCAGCAGACCUGUCCCACAUGUCGACUCAACAUUCUGCGCUCCCCGACGGGGGCCAACACCGCCACCCCUCCCCGCCCCGCGGCUGCUCCCCAGCCACAGCCACCGCCCCAUCCCCACCCUCAGCCGCCUCCGCCACCCUUCAACUUUGCCUGGCCGCCGCCUCCCGUUCCUAAUCAACAACCAGGAGAGAAUGGCAAUUUGAAUGAGGGCGCUGGAAGCAGUGGAAGUACCGCUGGCAGUCAGGCACCCGGAGCAGCUGGAGCAAUGCCAGGCCCUGGAAUGCCCUUCUUCUGUCCACCAUUUCCGCCAUUUAUGCCGUUCAAUAUUCCUCCACCGAUUCCCCCGAGAGACUUUUCAGGCUUGUCUGAUGAGGAAGUGCGCCGAAUGGAGAGCAGUGCCAGGGAAGGCGUGGAAGCGCGUCUGCUGUGCUUGAGAAACAUUCAGAUGAUGUUGGAUGCGUCUGUUGUUCUGAUGCGUCAGUACUCCGAGUCAGCCGCUAUUGCUGCAGCACAAAAUAGUAGUAUGCCAAAUCAAAGCACGCCGACCUCUGAACCGACCACUGGUCCUGAUAGAGCAGGAACGUCCACAUCAGAAAACGCUACAGAGCAACUGCAGACAACUCCACCAGUUAGCUCAAAUAACGAUACACCGUCAACUUCAGGCUCAGCAUCAUCUCCACAGCCAUCAACUUCCAAGGUUGGUGUUGUUAGCGAAGAAGCAAGCAGUUCGUCGACGUCCUCAGCAGCCUCACCAACGUCAGUGACGCAACCGCCUCCAUUAGUAACUCCCGAGCAAGAGGAAGCCCGCAGAAGAAGACUGCAAAAAUUCGCAUCCGACUAAACACCACUACUUUAGUCUGUUUGCAUUCCAUAAUUGUGUGAAUUCUGUUUGUGAUGAGAUGCGCUGAAUUCUCUCUCUGCAAAGAACUGUUACAAAUUUCAUCCAAAUAAUUUUGCCGAACAUUUUUAUCGACAUCACGCACCACAUAAUUUAACGCAUCUUUGUUAUAUAGUGGUUGAUCAACAUUAACAUGAUCUUUCUAUUGUUAACCAAAGCUUACGAAAGGUCGAAAAGUUUAUACAUUACAACGAGGAAAAGCAGCAAAAGAAAGUGCAAUACUGCUAGUAAGUUUACAAACAAUGAAUAAGAAAUCAUGUUGAGGUCGUUCAAACAUUUUAUGAAUAAUGUAUUAAUAAAUGAUACUCUAUUUUCUUUUUGUUCUACUGUGUGUUCCACUUUUGUAAAUAAUAUCGCCUAAAUAAUUUCUGUGAUGGAAAUUAUCCUCCCUACUCCAUAUUUAUUAGCCUAUUUGAAAUUGUAAUCAGGCUAUUGUUUUUGUAUAUAUUCAUUAUACAGGUAAAUGUUGUAAUUAAUAUCAUAAACAAACUUCACAAUUUGUGAUCGCAAUUUUGUUCUUGUAUUAUAAUAUGUUUCCACUGUUACUAUAUCAUCAAUUUAAAUCUUGCUUCUACUGAUUAGAAAUUAAGUUUGAAAUGCUUUAUAUAAAAGAUCAGUGGCAUUGAUUUUAUUAAUUAUUAUUCUCAUUUUGAAAUGAUUGAAUCUAUUCAGUUCUUCAUUUUAAUUGUGAUUCUUAUCAAUUUUAAAGACUAGUUGUUGAUAUCGAUGAGUUGAUUUGUAAAUAAAUAAAAUAUUAUGACACUUGUGAUUUGGAAGUGCAUUUGUAAGCGUAUUAAAUUUUUGUUGGUUGUUCAAUAUAUCAUGUUGGAAACUUCA